AUGGCGCUACGGUUAAAAAAAGAUAUCAAGAAGGCCUCCUACUACGUGUGGUUCCUCGGUGCGCAAGAGUCGCGCGGCCUCAGAGGGGAGGAGUUUGCACUCCCUGCCAUUCGGAUACUGGAAGACAGAGCGAGGGACUUAGAGCCAUUUAAAGUUACGCUACAGGUAUCCCACAAAGGUCUGAAGAUAAUUCAGAAUGUCACAGCCAAGGGUAAACAGCAGACGAUCAAGCACUUUAUACCGCACGGCAGCAUCACCAGCGCUGUAGUACAGGCCGAUGUGGUGGCCUGUGUGUUGUUGCUGUACAACCCACUGACUGGCUGCCCUGUACAUGUCCAUGCUUACAGAUGCGACUCAGAUCACACAGCCGAGAUGUUGUACACCCACCUCCAAGCUCUAAUAGAGAGACCAGAAAACCAGAAGAAAUUCGCGGACAUCGAGCGCAAACUACAGAUGAGGGGGGCGCUGCCAUCGUCCAAGAAACCCCCAGAUUCAUCUCUUGGAAGUGAAGUCUCCAGAGAAUCGGAUUCAGGGAGCAACGAGGAGCGCUGUGUGGCUAACCUAUAUGACAGUUUAGCUGCCGAAUUGAAACAAAAGUUAUCUACAGGUAAACGGGGAUUAGGCAAAAGUCCUAUACUUCUUCCUCCUCGGGACUACGACACGGUGCACCGUCAGAAGGGGAACCUCUCUAACAUUGACACGCGGCGUUGCCUGAACCAGAACAUUGUUGGAGUGAAUGCCAGGCGUAAGCUGGAGUCUUCAGGAGGUAGCUCUGGUAUUGGGAGUGACCUCGCGCCGUCUCCAGAGAGGAAUGAGUACAGGCAGCAUGAUAAUCAUAGUACGAGCGAGGAGGACUGGGCGGAGAGUACAGCGUACAUGAUGCACGAAGCCUUCGACGCGUCUCCCCCGCGCCGCGCUGCCUCCCCCCGUCGUACAUCCCCCGCACGCCGCGCCCUCUCCCCGCGCAACUACGACCGAGGCUACCCCGAUGACUUCUCCGACCAGUUCCGCGACCAGCUCGCCCCCUUCCGCGACCAGACCUUCGAACGAAGAUUCCGUCACGAGUCACUUGAACGUGUCAAACCAGAAAAGCCAGUAGAGAAAUUCCAAGACGACACGAUCAACUACAGAAGACGGUACGUCGCUGAAACCAAACCAUCCAACAGGAGCAUUGACAGGGUCGAAGAUAGGAGGUUCGGUAAACUCCAAAGGGGUGCCAGCGAAGGUAGCCUUAAAAUCGCAGAAGCGUCCCCUAAAGACCGAUUCAACGUGGCCAAGGAAAAGUUCAUGAAUCUAGAACGGGAGAGGUUCAACAGGGAGCUGGAAGCGCACAUGGCAAUGAGGAGGAGCAUGCUGGAACGGAACAGUCGCUCAACUUCUUCCCCCGAGGAAGAAAGAAGGGACGAGCGUCAGGACCGACACAGAGACAUUAGCUCCCGGAGAGAGCCAGAGCGCUCUCAUCGCGAGUUGGAGCGCCACAGGGAGCCUGAGAGACGCAAGGACACGGACAGGAUGCGUGAGCUCGAGCCGACACACGCGAGGGAGCUGCCGCACAGGGAGAUGGAGCGACUGCCGCGCAUCGGCAGGAAGCGGGACGAUGUGAAGCGGUACGAGUACGGCGCCGAGGAAUAUCUCAACAGGAUCGAGCCGAAACCGCACAGAGACGAGUUUGACAGCUUCGACCGUAGGGGAAGAAGGGAGCUAGACAGACGCAUUGACGAGGACGAGAUUAUAGAACCAGUGAUUGAAGAUAGGAGGAGAGACUGGAACGACCGGCAGAGGGCGUUCAGUCGCUCCCGUCUGCUGGACGACCAGCGCCAGUCUUAUGUGGAGGGAGAUAGGGAGAGGUACUAUGACAGGGACUACAGAGAUUUCCGCGAGCUAGCUGACAGACAGCAGUCGAAGUUUCGGCACAGCUACGCGGAGCCGAUACCGCGGGGCCGGCUCGGCACUGUCCGGCCGUACUGA